AUGGAUAAAGGAGGUGCUUCCGCUGCUGUCUUUGCGUCCAGAAACUUGUCCCAGAUAGGUCAAGAAAACCCGCGUGUUCCCACCUCCCCGGGCCUGGACUAUGAUGAGCUCUUCAGGUCUGUCUUUGACUGGGAUCUCUACUGUGACUCGACCAGGUCUCAGGACUACCCAGGAGCUUCUAGCUCCCCUCGCCUAAGCUACAGGGACCUUCCCUCGCUCAUCACUGAUAUCCCUUCCUUUCUUGAUCAUCUCUCUCUUGACAGGAGCGAGGCCGAAUACCUAAGGAUGACCCCUGGCCUGAGCCCGGACGAUGGAGGGAUUACCACAUCCGAGUCCAUGGGUCAGACCCCACCAGAACUCGUCAGAGGUGGUAGUACCUCUCCUUCGUCUCACUCUGGUUCCGUCUUCUUCGAUGGCGUAGACGAUGUCCGUCGACGUCCUCGAGUCAGCCUCCAAGAGGUUCAGGCCCAGGAUGAUAAGUGGACGUACCCCCAGGCCGUACCUAGCAAGCACGCCCCCCGGGGGUAUGGCUACCCACAUCAGAUCCAGGUACACGAGUCCUCGUCCCGCCGCUCAAGCCACACCAAGACAUACUCAUACUCACCCUCCUCAAACUCAACCUCUGGUGUCAAGCGUCAGCGUUCUGUGGAGAAGAGGUCAAGACAGCUCUCUGAUCCAGACCAGACAGCCGAUGUCCGCAAGAGUGGGGCCUGUCUUCCGUGCCGUAUCUCUAAGACCCGCUGUCAAGACUGUGGCGUCUGUCCCUAUUGCCGUAAGGCCUUCCCAGACCACUCACACCUAGUCUGUACCCGUAGGACCCCUGCGGUUGCUCCGCCUGUGAUUCGUCACAUCGUCGACGUCUGGUCACCCGACCCUGCGGAAGAGAGGCGUGUCGUUGAUCAUGAGCCUCGCUUUCCCACUGCCAAACCCAGAGAUAUUGUCAUCUUCUUCACCCGCGAUGCCGAAUCCCCUUUUCUUCGGGCAUCUGUCCAAGCAUACCAUUCUCAGAAUGGAACCGAUGAGAACCCCAGAAACGCUGCGUUUGAGCGGGAUAGAUUUCCCACUUAUGGUGAACUCCAGCGCUGGGUCGAGGCACAGAUCCGAAGAGAACGCAGCUCUAGAUUUGAGCAUAUGGUGCAAAACUUUUUGCUCUCAUAUUAUGAGGACGGCCAGGGACUUCCAAAGCACAACCUCGUCUCCAAGGUCCACACAAUGAAUUGUUUCUUCAGAAUCUGGAAAGCUCCGCGCUUCACCUGCUGCAGCUCGUCCAACAAGCUCUCUCAGGUCCCCUUUACUGUUCAAGCAGAGCUUAGACGCAUUGCAUGGAACGCACUUGUAUCCCAUGAGCAUGAUAUCCUCAAGCUCCUCGAAGACUGCUUGGCGCAACAAGAGUCUCUUAAAGCUCAAGAGAAGAUGGCAGUUUGGGCCAGCUUGUGGCAACUCAUGAUCAUGUACAGAGACUUGGUCAUUGCACAUGAUGGAUAUUUCGCCCGAAACCCAAGUGCUCAGAGAGAUCAGAAUAUUGUUGGGGCUUUCGAGAACCUUUACAAUGGAUUCUUCCCUUUGAUAGCCAUAUUCUAUCACUGCCAAUUCAAGACUCCCAAGAGAAUGGAGAUGUCAAUGGACUGGCUCAAGGACUAUCCUUCUCAAGCUCGCCAUAGCAGCAAAAUUCGCCAGUUCUCGCAGGAUAUGAUGGACACCAGAAAGGAAUUCUACGAGAGAAUUCAGCGUUCGUCGUACAAGGUUGACGAGCGACUAAGCGCCCUGGUAGUUAACCAUGAGCUUAAGAAGAUCUCAUCCAAGAGACGCCCUCGAAGUAGUACCAAGAGUAAGGGAAGCUCCCGUGAUAGUGCGUAA